CCCACUCACAUUCCACCCCCACCUUCCGCACUAUCCGCCCCCUCGCUUCUAUCAAACAUACUCACUUACUUACUUACUUACUUACUUGCUCCUCAUCACCCCCCUCAUAUAUACUCAUUCACUCACUUGUCAUCCCUCCCUACACUCUCUAUACUCAUCUGGGAUACGUUGGUGACCAUGAAUCCCAACAUCACCCGGUAUUCCCGGAACGCCCACGUGCGGAACGGACAGCCCACCCCGCCGCCCUACGACGACAAGCGCAACUUUCAGAACAUGCAGGUCGCCUACCCCAUGCAGUCGUAUCAAGAGCAGCAGCAGCAGCAGCAGUCGCCUCCGUCGCAACAGCAGCUCCUCGCUCCUCCCCAAAACGACGAACGGGCCAAGCGCGAGCGGUUCCUGGAGCGGAACCGGGUGGCCGCUAGUAAAUGUCGACAGAAGAAAAAGAUGUUCUACGAGAACCUGAACCAGCAGCACUCGGAGCUCGAGGAGCUGAACAGCAAGCUCCAUUCUGAGAUCGAACACCUUCGCGGCGAGAUCCUGACGCUGAAGACCCAGUUGUUGCAGCAUGGCGAGUGCGGGGACCCGGCCAUCACCCUCCAUCUCAGCCACAUGGUCAAGAACAUCACCGCCAUGGACCAUGCGGCGGCAGACCGCCGUCGUGCCUCGCAGACUAUGGACAUGCUGGGCCUGGGGGGCGGCUCUACGCUGGCUGGCACCCGCAGCUCCCCCCCGGGUCUGUCGCCCUCUUCCACUGCCACUGCGAGCUCCUCGGGAUCCGGCCAUUGCGCCCCUCUCCCUACCGUUUCUAUUGGUUUCGGGUUCGAUGCUAUGCCUAUUGUCGCGACCAAUACCACUACUACAAAUAGCAGCAGCGACCAACUUGUCAAUAAGACAAUCGGGGAUGAACCAUUGAAUGGACCACUGGAUCCCAUGCCUGAGUACGAGUUCCUCGAAGAGCUCUUGGAUAUGUAAGAGGAACCAUUGUGACUGAUUAGUGUGAUGAUUCGUUGCCGGGAUCAGCGCGCACCUGGCUGUACUGCAUAGCGGAGGCUUGCUUUUUCUUUUGUCUAUUGCCCUCAAAAGCGAACGGAAGUUUAUUCGA